AUGGAUGCGCGCGGGAAACUACAGAGCGGGGAAUCAUCAGUAGAGGGAGAUGAUUCAACAAACUCAAGCAACACCCUCAUCGAAACCCUGAUAUUGACACAACUUAACUCGAUCAUCAUUAAUCCCGGACAAGACAACAGGCCGCAUGCAGUCAUCGGAGUUCUAGGCAAAGAACUGAAAGCUUUAUUGGACAGCGGAACAACUUGCUCACUGCUAGGCGGCAGCAACGUAAAAGUCGUAGACGAACUAGGACUACGAAAAGGAAAUGCUAAAGGGGGAAUACAAACGGCUAAUGGGACUGCUGUUAGUUCCGUCGAUUCCAGACUUGAUGUUAAGGCCGUAUGCUGUACUUUGGAAACCAUACCUACAGUAGCAGAAGUAGAAGAUCCAAAAGAACACGUAACGAUGACACUAUCAGAUGAAGAGCAGAGACAGUUAAAUUUGGUUGUGCAGCGAUUUCCUAAGGCAGAAGAUGGCGAGUUAGGGAGAACACAGCUGUAUGAGCAUCGUAUCGACGUCGGAGAUGCACCGACGAAGAAACAAAGACACUACCCGAUGUCUAAAUACGUACUGGAGGAGGUGAACAAGGAGUUCGAUAGGAUGUUGGCCAUGGACGUCAUCGAGGAGGCCAUGUUCUCUCCUUGGAACAACCCACUCGUCGCUGUAAAGAAGAAAAACGGGAAAUGUCGUGUCUGCCUGGACGCCCGCUACCUGAAUAGCGUGAUGGUCUACGAAGGUUACCCGAUUCCACAAAUUUCGUCAAUCAUCAACAACUAA